UUAAACGAAUUGCUACUGUUUUCCAGUUAUUAUUUUUAUUGUUUCGAAUUCUGAUAAGUUUUGAGAGCAUCUUAAGAGCAUCACGAUGGCAGAUAUGGGAAGUAGGCUACGCAAGCAACUAGAAUCACCCAAUUUCGACCCGCAAAAUUAUGUGAAGCAGCUCUCCCAGCAGUCGGACGGGGACAGAGAUUUACAGGAACACCGCCAUAAAAUCCAGACACUGGCGGACGAAACUGCUCAAAACCUGAAGAAAAAUGUUUACAAGAACUACAGGCAGUUCAUUGAGACUGCCAAAGAGAUUUCUUAUCUCGAAAGCGAAAUGUAUCAACUCAGCCACAUUCUCACGGAGCAGAAGAGCAUAAUGGAAAGCAUAACACAAACUCUACUGUCAACAGACAAAGAUGAAACGGCGAAAGAAAUGCUAGCAGCUUUCCCCAAAGAAACCGAAGAGGUGAAACAGAGGACCUUGACCACGCUUUUGGAGAAGGUGGAAGGUUGUAAAAACUUAAUGGAAACACCAGGAAGGUAUUUGGUGUACAACGGCGAUCUGAUCGAAUACGACGCUGAAAGCAUGUCACAGAUUCAAAAAGUGCACGCCUUUCUGAUGAAUGAUUGUUUACUUAUCGCAACAUGGUUAGCAAACCGCCGUGGAACUGUCAAGUAUAAAUACAAUACUUUAUAUGAUCUGCAGGACUUUGCUGUUGUGAACGUGAAAGACAACCCUCCCAUGAAAGACAUGUUCAAAAUCCUCAUGUUUCCAGAUAGCCGUAUCUUCCAAGCCGAGAACAGUAAAAUCAAGAAGGAGUGGUUGGAGAUUCUUGAAGAAACUAAGAAGAGCAAAGUGGCAAAAGACAGACACAAAAAAGAGGAGGAGGUUCCAAAUUCCCCCGUUCGCCAGGAGGUGUCCACCAAUCCAUUUGACGAAGAGGACGAGCCCCUGGAAUCAGAGGAAUUGGUUGAUUUGAGCCCAGAAUGGAUCCAAGAACUUCCAGAAGAUCUAGAUGUGUGCAUAGCACAAAGAGAUUUUGAGGGAGCCGUGGAUCUCCUAGAUAAGCUAAAUGAGUACCUCCGAGACCAACCGGUGAGUCCUCGUGUGAAGGAACUGAGGAGCAAAGUGGACGAGCGGGUGCGUCAGCUGACAGAGGUGCUGGUGUUUGAACUCUCUCCAGACCGUUCACUUCGCGGAGGGCCUAAAGCCACACGUCGUGCCGUCUCACAGCUUAUUCGCCUUGGUCAGUCCACCAAAGCUUGCGAGCUGUUCUUAAAAAAUCGAGCGGCGGCCGUGCAAACGGCCAUCCGACAGCUUCGCAUAGAAGGAGCCACGCUUCUUUACAUCCACAAACUCUGCAAUAUCUUUUUCACCAGUCUUCUCGAGACGGCCAAAGAAUUCGAGAUGGACUUUGCCGGCAACACCGGCUGCUACUCGGCUUUUGUCGUGUGGUCACGCUCCGCCAUGAAAAUGUUCGUCGACGCCUUCAGCAAGCAGGUGUUUGAUAGCAAAGAGAGUAUAUCGACCGCGGCAGAGUGCGUCAAAGUCGCUAACGAGCACUGCAAACAGCUCAGCGAAAUAGGUCUGGACCUGACGUUUAUACUGCAGUCGCUUCUGGUAAAAGACAUCAAAGCAGCCCUUCAGAGCCAAAAGGACAUCAUCAUUGAGGCCACCAAACAUCGUAACUCCGAGGAGAUGUGGCGUAAAAUGAAUCUCAUGACCCCCGAAGCUUUGGCUAAAUUAAAAGAGGAGAUGCGUAGUUGCGGGAUGAGCACCUUUGAGCAGUACACGGGAGAUGACUGCUGGGUCAACCUUAGCUACACAGUUGUCGCUUUCACCAAACAGAUGAUGGCGUUCCUCGAAGAAGGGUUGAAGUUGUACUUUCCAGAGCUGCACAUGGUCUUUCUGGAGAGCCUGAGAGAGAUUAUUCUGGUGGCGGUUCAGCACGUGGACUUUAGUUUGCGUUGCGAACAGGAGGCGGAUAAGAAAGCCUUUAUUCUUCAAAACGCCGCUUUCUUGCACGAGACCGUCCUCCCUGUGGUGGAGAAGAGAUUUGAGGAAGGAGUGGGCAAACCGGCCAAACAGCUCCAAGACCUGAGAAAGAGCUCGCGGCCGCGCGUGAACCCCGAGAGCACCACGUCUGUGGUGUAGGACUGACGAAUAAACAGGACUGCAACUCUGCAUACUAGAAUCUGCUGUAGUUUUAAAGAGACGAGUCAAUUUAAAAAAGAGACUGUCACAUUGAUCAUUCUCAUAUUACUUGUCAAAAAGAAUAAUUAAGCAUUAAAUCAUGUUGUUGUUUUUUUUCUUAAGAUUCAUGAAUUCUAUUAAGGAAAGGGAAGACAGUGGAACACUAAGAGCUGAGUUACUGAGAGUCUUGACUUUGGGUUAGGAACAUUGCUUUUGCUUCUCAAUGUAAAACACACAG